UCCGACUGACUCAAUAUUUUGAUUUAAGACCAGAUGAAUGGACAAGAUCGUCAUAUUAUAGCUUUGGAAUGAAAUACUUAAACUAAUUCGACCUCCCCUUUAAUCUUUAAAUGACGUCGAAUUUGUUGAUGCCCGAAGACGGAUGAAGUUUAAUGUUCCAUUUCCCAUAAAAAUGAUAUUGUUGACGCCUGUCUGCAUCACGUUUCACAGAAGGAUCCUGGUGUCGAGUUAGAAGGAUGAAAACCGAAUGCACUGCACAGUCUUAUCAGUUCUGACAGAUUUUGUACAAUAAGCGGACGAUAGUAGAAGUGGUCUAUGUAUAUAAACCAUUGAUGUCACUUGUUAUAUUCUCAUCAAUAUGACGUUGAUCUUGAAUAUAGUGCUAAUAAUACUCUCUGUGUUGAUAUCGACAUCGAUCGGACAAACUUGGAGUGGAAACGUCUGUUCCAGACUGAUAUGUACAUCGGAAAGGGUUCGUGUCUGCAGUUAUCGUACAUGGAGAGCAUGCUGUGCCUAUAAAUGGGUUUCAAAAACUAAAUACCGGACGGAGCAAUUCUGCUGUAGUGGAUGGCGGGAUACAAAUGGCAACCGCGUCUGUAACCAAGCUAUCUGUUAUCCACCCUGUGAAAAUGGAGGAACGUGCUCAAGACCCAAUAAAUGUGACUGUCUGAGGGGUAACGAUGGACCCACUUGUGCUGGAGUAACGUGUUCUCAUAUAAAGCCGUGUUAUCCGGGUGUGUGCAGCAACCAAAAGACAUGUCAAUGCCAGGAAGGGUUUACCGGAAACACUUGCCAAAUCAGACAAAGUAAAGCCAGUCAACUAUCUAAUAUUUGGUUGUGUAGAGCUACCUUGUCAAACGUAGAGCGAGUCAGUAACAUGGAGAAAUAUAAUUUUGUGACGGAUGCGUCAGACCCAUCUGACCCUAGCCCAGAUGAGAUCUGGUCCAACCAGCUGACAUACAAUUAUCUAAUGGUCCAGGCGUCUGCGCAGUUUAAUCCCGACGUACCUGCGCCUCCGGAGUAUAUCAAAGGAGCAGAAUUUGGAGUUGUUCGUUCUUCUAUCACCGUGACACUAACGAAGAUACCACGCCCAGGAGAGCCUGUGGAGCCUAUAACUCAGGUAUACCCCUGUCCAGAAAUUUCUGCAACCAGUAGGAGUUAUAGUUUCUGGAAUUGUACUGUAGUAGAAGAAGAUUUUGUUUACCAAAUGGAAUCCGGUGACAAUUUAACUGUGACGUCAAACUUCUUCAGUGGUGGCUAUCGGGAUCUGGUAGACCUCAACAGCGGGCGCUUAUAUAAGACAGAGAACUAUACUACCUUAUCUUCCAGUAAAAGGCUUUUAUUCAAAUUUGAUAAAAUUAAACCUACGCACUGUAACAAGAAUUGCCGUAAUGGCGAAACUCCUUUAAACGUUGGUAGGGACGUUACACAGAAUGCUAUAAGUUUAACUUGGAGUGGGUACGAGGACUCGUUAUCAGGCAUGUAUCGCUAUGCCUGGGAAAUCUUUAAGUUAGAUAUAGUCGAUACAAGUCACCGCCUACGUGAAAAAGAACCCUUGAAUCCGAUGAAAAUUGAAGAAGUUUUUCAUAAUAAUCUAACUUUUCCCAUAAUUUACAAACCGCCAGUUCCGGGCAUGUACUCGGUUAUAUUAGAAGCAUCCGACAGAGCCAAUAAUUCAAUCUACGUCAGACAGUUGGUCCUUUACGACAACCAAUCAAGUAUUGAACAAAAAACCGCCAUAUCAUUUCCGACGAAAACAAGUCCUCCUAAAACCCUCGACGUAUGGCAGAGUAACCUAGAUGCUGACAUUACGAUUGAUUGGUCAGGCCAUUUUGUCAAUGCAUUACACUAUGACAACGGCUAUCUGAAUGAAGUGCUAAAAUACCCGGUUCAGUUUGCAGGAGAAGACCCCGUAGUUGGAAGUAUUGAUAAUUUUAAGCAAAAAUUUAUCAGGUUUGAUGACGAAACUGGUCAAAGGUCAACGAAGAGUGUCCCAAAUAUCCGCGGUAUAAUCGACUUUACCAUACAAUGGAAACUUAACGGAAAACGUUUGAAGGAAGAAAGAAAAUUACAGGAUAACAAGACAAUGAAAGGGGUGCUACGCAAAGAUGGCGACACGUUAGAAGUUAGUAUUAUAGCUAGCGAUAUAAUGGGGCAUAAAAGCACGGACACGGCAAAACUUCAUUUUGAUUCUACUGAUCCAAAUUUAGAUGACAUUACUAAAAACAGUGGUACUGUGACAGAUAUGUCGUAUACGUAUGGAACAAGAAUGACGUUUAAGGCGACAGAUGAGGACAGCGGAAUUCAUGAGAUAAGAUAUCGUCUAGAAAGAAGAAACACUGUUGAUGAACCACUUGAGGUUGUAGAAUCCGGAGAGGUACAAGGUCAACUCGUACAGAGAUGUGAAGCUGGUGAUGAUACAUGUUAUUGCGUUAAAAUGGGGAAGUGUUAUAAAGUGGAGUACACAUUAGAUGUUGAUCACUGUUGGUUUAACGUCUCGAAGAAUUACCUCGACACCGCCAUCAUAGAUCUUAAAAUGGAUGCUGUAAAUUCUGCUGGUCUAAUAACAGCCAAGUCAACACAGUUCUCAAAUAUUAGAAGUCUAAGUGGUAUUGGAUACUAUUCGGCUCCAGAUAAUCUACGAGUUGUAAAAUCCAGCUACAAUUCUGUUCAAAUUGGUUGGAAUAAAUCUGAGAGUUGUUAUUAUUUGACGGAAUUCUGGUUAAAGCGGUCAGAUCGGGGCCAGAAAGAAAAAGUUCAUCGUUUAAAUAGGUUUGAAGAAAUAGGCUUUUUACAACCCGAAACGAAUUACACAGUUGAAUUAAUAGCCGGUUACGAUGGUUAUAUGAGUGAUCCCGUUAUCAUCGUUUUCAUCACAGAAAAGAAACCUGAAGAAGCGGGUUUAACAGCUGGAGCUAAAGCCGGGAUAGGAAUAGGUAUAAUUUUACUAAUUAUUAUAAUAGUUCUAAUCGCUGGUUUUAUAUAUACUGGAGGAGCUUUAUUCAGCGUUAUCAUGGGUCGCACCAAAACUUACAAGAAGGAAGACGACAAGGAGGGACAACCGAAAAGGACAUUGUUUAGUGGUGAUGAAGACAUCUAUAUAUAUGGGGUAGGUAGUGGGGGAGGAGUUAACCUUCCCUUGGCACAUAUCGUACCCAAAUGUGAUAUCGCCUUACAAGAAUUGAUUGCACAAGGAAAGUUUGCCAAGGUCUACAAGGCCAGUAUGACUGGUAAAAACGACCAACAAAGCAUUAUUGCGGCCAAACUCUUACUGGAUAAUUUCACUGAAGAUGAACAGCGAUUGAUGUGUGCCAAGAUAACAUUUAUGAGUGACGUAAUUGGAGAACAUCCAAAUGUACUACAGUUUAUAGGAGCAGUGGUUGAUAAUGACAUCUGGGGACCCACGAUGUUGAUAGAAUAUUGUGAGAUAGGUCAACUCAUAACCUGGCUUCAUGAACAUAAAAAAUCUGUAAAUGAUGACAUCAUUGAACGGUUAUUUCAAUUUUCCUAUGGUAUUGUAAAAGGAAUGGCCUACUUGUCUUCAAUUAAUGUUAUACACCGACGUCUGGCAGCAAGAAAUGUUCUACUGACUUUUGUAUUGGAGCCAAAAAUAACAGGAUUCGGUCCGUCUGUUGUGGAUACCACAGAUGACCAGAAAGCGGAAAGAGUACCAGUAAGAUGGGUUGCUCCGGAAUGUUUCCAAUCAACUAAAGCCGCUACAGAGAAAAGUGAUGUCUGGUCUUUUGGUAUUAUAUUAUAUGAAAUCUUCACUCUGGGUGACCAACCAUAUCCGACCUUGACAACAGAGAAUGUUGUACCUAAAGUCAGACAUGGUCACAGAAUGAAACAACCAGAACUUGCUGAUGAAUUUAAUUAUAAUCUGAUGACUCGAUGCUGGAGUGAGGACCAACAUGACCGGCCAAAAUUUGUGGAGCUCCAGAACAUGUAUCAACGUUUCAUGAAUGGCGAGCCUAAUGAUAAUGACUAUAGUAAUUAUUCAAGAUAUACAGAUUAGGUACUUUAAAUUAAACACACAUAUAUAUGGCCAGAACGCAAAGACAUAAAAACAUUUGGUUUUUUUGUUUUGUUGGGUUUUUUUUUGGGGGGGGGGGUACUUAAACAUACAUUAUGCAAGAGCUAAAUCUGCCUAUUGCAGGUCUUUCCCUAACUCUGAAAUUAAUUAACUUAUCCAAACCAUAAUCAACUCGCGAUGCCAUCUUAUGUGUCUGAUUUUCUCUGGAUUUGAAUCCGAUCUACUGCUCAACGCUCAUUGAUGAUUAAAAAUCGAGACUAUGUUUUUUUUAUUAUUGUACCGACUUUAGUAAUGAUGAUCGAGAAUAGACUUAAAAUUCAAAAGCAAAAUAUCUCGGUUAAGAGUGGAGUAAUUGGACUGAAAUUUUCAACAUAUUCUAUUUACAUUAUCGAUUUUUUAAAACUAUUUUAGCGAGAACAGUCAACUCUUUAUCUUAUCUCCCAUAAUGCCUCUUCAACUUAAUUAUCGUUCUUUAGUUUGUUUUAGUUCUUGCGGUAAAUUAUAAUAUCAAUAUUUUCAUUUAGAUAUAAAUUUAGCCCAAUCAACAAUGUGUUAUUGAGACUAUUUUAACCGGUGAUUAGUUUAAAUAUUUUAGAUAGUCGUUAUCUACAGUUUAAUAUAGGCUAUGCUUGUUCCCUAUCCCUAUUCAGAUAUAAAUCUGAAUAAAAAUAUUGUUUAUAAAAAACGACCCCCACCCGGCUUCAUAUUUAUCCCGUCUUUAUUAGCCCAGUCGGAGCAGAACACUAGGACGUUAAACCCCAUUUGAUUUUAUAUAUUUGAACUCAGAACAUAUUACUGAUGCGUUUCUCGUCUGUGGAUAUAUGUAUGUUUGUGUUCAGGUGUUAGAAGACGGCGAUACUAUUUUCUAUGGUCGGUAAAAUACUAAUCUCUCUCUCUCUCUCUCUCUCUCUCUCUCUCACUCAUAUUAGCACAGUCAGUGUAUUAAAGUAGGUCGUUAAACCUCAUUUCAUUUUAUUUUAGCUUGCAUAAGAAUAUAUUAUAUAUAUUAUAUAUUUUAUCGUUUUUUGUAUAUCAAGCUUUUUAUAUUUGGAUUCUAUUGUUGUAGCAUGAUAACAUGUUUGCUUGUUUGUUCCUGGAAUUGUAGAAAUUGUUGGUCAAAGCACGCGAACGAAUUCUGAAGAAUUAUAGCUGCUAUACGCCAUAAUGUCUAAAAGGACUGGACUAUAUUGUAGAAAGUUUUACGACUUGAUGAUCUUUAUUUGUUAUAAAUUAGCCAUUUAUAUAGGACUACUGUCGUCUGCGUUCAUGCUUUGUAUUUUUGUAUGAAAUAAACUUUUUUUAUAUUA